GAAAGUUUAUAAUUGAAGAUGGGGUCGAAUACGUUACAGUUGCUUAUGCUAAUAUUAUCGGAAUUGGUGAUUCUGAAGAUCCGUUUAAACCUGAUGAAAUUCCCCUCUGCGUCCCGCAUUACAUGUCUCCUGUAAUAAUCAAACACGGCCCAAAACUUCGAAACGAGAAUAUUUAUUUUGGAGCCGAAUCUCGUGUAUAUAAUUCCUUUACCACGCAUGAAGUCCGAAUGGAAAUAAUAAUUUCUUAUCCUGCUCGAGCCACUCGAUUUGAACAUCUUUAUGAUCGUAUUAAAAUAGGUCGAUCAUUUGUAGUGGCCGGUUUUAUUAAAUUUGAAAACCCAAAUAUUAUAACAAUUGAAGCUACUGACAUAGAUUAUUUGUCAUCCUUCAAUACAAAUUACGAUGUGGCUGAAAACCCUUCAAUUACGUCAACUACACGUACAGAAAUUAAUCAAAUCGCUGAUGAAUUUAGGUCAACUAAUGCUCAAUUAACAAAAAAGCGACGAAAGUUAAUGCCCACCGCUACUAGUUACAGUACAAGUUUAACCUCGACUACUCCCUCUGAACAAUCCACUUUCGUUAAUGCCGAGAUCGCCACAAGCAGAAAAGGAAAAAAAAAAGUGACUGAUUUAGCAUUGGAUUCUCUCGGCUUAACUACUGAUCAACCUGAAGAAAUUGAAGCAAACGAAGAAGAGCAAUAUGAAAAUAGCGAACUGGAAAAUAAUCAAGAUCAAUUAGAAAUAAUUGAACAAGAAAAGAAACCAAAAAAAAAAAAGAUGCAGAAGAAUAAAUAA